AUGCCCUGUAUAAAUUGAAAACCUACAAUGUAUACAGUAAGUCAGUGUGUAUUAGUACUUGUCCAUUUAAUCUUUGAUUCAUUUUUUAUUCAAAGAGCAUGUACUGUACAUUCUUAUAUUAAUAUAAAUACAUAAACUCGCGUCACGUCUUCUCAUUGGUUCUUAUCAAGUCUUCGGAGACGUAACUUCCGCUCUAGUCCAGACAGGGAGGCGGGGCGCUGAAAUGACAUUCGGCCCCACCAACCAAAGCGUAUUUCCCGAAGCUCUGUCGUUUAGCAGCAAUAAAGCGCUCUUUACAUCCGUCCAGGAGCAAGGAGGCAUACAUUAAGCCGUACAGGUGGCAGACCACCUUUCGGGAAAAUGGCGGCGGGUAACGUCAACCCGUUUAACGUGAGUGAUUCUGAGGAGGAAGCGGAGCAGAGGCAGGAUGGCGCUAACGCCGAGCGCAGCCCGAGCGAUGAAGCGCCAGGCCACAGCCUAGGUCCCUUCUCCCCGUCAGCGUACUCCGAACCGGCCGCUUCGUUAUCCAGCAACCGAACCAGCCCGAGUGUUGACGGAAUACCCGCAUCGGCGGCUGCGGUGGCCGGUAUCGGAGGCGCGGAGACGCGGGUGUCGUUAGAUGCGAUCGCAGCGCAGCUUCUCCGGGAUCAGUACAUCCUCACGGCCCUGGAAAUGCACACCGAGCUCCUUGAGGCUGGACGGGAGCUGCCUCGGCUGCGGGAUUAUUUCUCCAAUCCAGGCAACUUCGAAAGGCAGAGCGGAACUCCACCCGCAUGCAAGGAUCAAGGAGUCGGUCCUGGGGGUCCACUUCCUGCACAGGUGCAGGAUAGAAAAAGGAGGAAAAAAGAUGGUGUUCCCACGAGGGAUCGUGCUGGCAGCAUCAGUACAUUGGACUCCUUGGAUUUCGCACGGUAUUCAGAUGAUGGCAACAGGGAGUCCGAUGAAAGGGUGGCAGUUCUGGAGUUUGAACUACGGAAAGCCAAGGAGAACAUUCAGGCUCUGCGUGCCAACUUGACACAGGCUGCAGAAUGUGAGAUACCUUCUCAAGAGAGAAAAAACUACAAAUCAAGUCCUGAAAUUCAGGAACCUAUCCGCCCUCUUGAAAAGAGAGCCUUAAACUUUUUAGUAAAUGAAUAUUUAUUGAAAAUCGAAUAUAAAUUAACCGCCAUCACAUUUUCUGAUGAAAAUGAUGAUCAGGAUUUUGAGUUAUGGGAUGAUGUGGGUCUAAACAUUCCCAAACCGCCAGGCCUGCUCCAGCUCUAUAGGAACUCUGGAAACAGUCUGCCGUUGCACCGAGAUACCGUGGAUGUGGCGGUCGGUGUGGAUCCAAGAGAUUUGCCCGGAGAUUGCUGUAUCCAGGAACCUGUACAGCAAACUGAUAUCAUUCAGAGACAGCAGCAACAGGAAGUGGUCCAGGAGCUGGAAUAUCAGAUUAGUUUGCUUAACAGUGAGAAACAGAGUCUGGCUGAACAGAUUAAGAAACUCCAGAGUGAUAUUCAGGCUCUUCAGUGGAACGUCUCAUCAGAUCCCACAGCCACAGUUAAGUCUGCUCAGUGUAAAGAAGACCCUCAGCUGGAUAAGACUCCUCUAGACAAUGGACAGUAUUUGGACAUACGGGGGGUCACAGAUGCAGACGAUACCCUAACCACUACAAAGACCUUAACUUCUACAACAACCACUACUGAUUGUACUGAUGGCACAACUACUGCAACACCACCUCACAACAAACUCAAGUUUAACACACAAGUGAAAGGCUCGGUGCAGUUUGAUCAGCCCAACAGGAAGCUGCCUCCGGCCUUCCACCAAGCUCUUUUGUCCUUCUGUCGAAUGUCUGCUGACAGUAGGCUGGGCUCUGAAGUGUCUCGAAUCGCUGACGGUGAACAAAGUGUUCUGCUAAUGCUGGGCCGCUGUCUUCCACACAUCGUACCCAACGUCCUGCUGGCCAAACGAGAGAGAAUGAUUGCACACCUCUGCCAGGAGCUGAUACCUCUCAUCUUGUGCACGGCUUGUCUGCAUCCAGAACCUAAAGAAAGAGACCAGCUGCUUCACAUCCUCUUUAAUCUUAUCAAGAGACCUGACGAUGAGCAGAGGCAGAUGAUCCUUACUGGGUGUGUUGCUUUUGCCCGUCACGUGGGUCCCACCCGGGUGGAGGCCGAACUUCUGCCACAGUGCUGGGAACAGAUAAACCACAAGUAUCCUGAGAGAAGACUUCUGGUGGCGGAAGCGUGCGGAGCCCUGGCCCCUUAUUUACCCGUAAGAGACGCCGUUUCUUUAAAAACUUUUCAAACCAGGACACACCAGAAGGAGAUAAGAAGCUCCCUGGUUCUGUCCAUGCUCCAGCAGAUGUUGGCAGAAGAUAAAGCCGAUAUGGUCCGAGAGGCCGUUGUGAAAAGUUUAGGCGUCAUCAUGGGCUACAUAGAUGAUUCAGAUAAAUACUCCCAGGGUUUUGAGCUGAUGCUUCUGUCUUUGGGUGACCCGUCGGAGAGGGUGGUCAGCGCCACCCACCAAGUCUUUAUUCCUGCCUUUGCCGCCUGGUGCACAGAACUGGGUAACCUACAGUCCCAGCUCAUCCCCUCUCUCCUCACGCGCAUCGAGAAACUGCUCAAGGGUGAAUAUGGUUUAGAUGAACACAAACUGCAUAUGUAUCUGUCGGCGCUUCAGUCUAUCAUCCCUUCUCUGUUUGCGAUGCUCCUGCAAAACGCCCCGUUCACCAGCCGAGCCAAACUGCAGGGCGACAUUCCUCCUAUCGAGGUGACCCGGUUCCCGCGGCCGGCCUCUCCUUUGCAGGACGUGGCCACCAUCGUGGGCAGCCGUGAACAGUUGGCAGUUCUGCUGCAGUUAUAUGAUCAUCAACUCCAGCAUGAAGGAACUACAGGAUGGGACAGUUUGCUUUGGGUGGUCAACCAGUUUUUACCACAGAUAAUAGAGAUUGUUGGACGCAUCAAUGUCACUUCAUCCACCUGUGUGCACGAAUUCUCCAGAUUCUUUUGGAGAUUUUGUCGAUCGUUCGGGAAAAUAUUCACCAACACCAAGGUAAAACCUCAAUUCCAAGAAAUCCUGCGGCUAUCUGAGGAGAAUGUGGACGCCACAGCAGGAAAUGGCAUUCUUACCAAGGCUACAGUGCCCAUCUAUGCAACCGGAGUCCUGACGUGCUACAAUCAGGACGAGGACCGUAAACUUCUGGUGGGCUUUUUAGAGGAUGUCAUGACCACACUUUCUCUUUCCCAUGCUCCCCUUGACAGUCUGAAGGCUUCAUUUGUAGAGCUGGGGGCAAACCCAGCGUAUCAUGAGCUGCUACUGACAGUGUUGUGGUAUGGAGUGGUCCACACAUCUGCUCUGGUGCGCUGCACCGCUGCUCGCAUGUUUGAGCUGGUUCUUCGAGGCAUGAGCGAAGCCUUAAUUGACAAGCGAGUAGCUCCAGCCCUUAUUACCUUGUGCAGUGGUCCUGAAUUUUCAGUGAGGAUAUCCACAAUACCUGCCUUUGGAACAAUCAUGGAAACCGUAACGCAAAAAGAGUUGCUAGAGAGAGUGAAAAUGCAGCUGGCCUCGUUUCUGGAAGAUCCCCAGUAUCAGGACCAGCAUUCUUUGCACAUGGAAAUUAUCAAAACGUUUGGAAGAGUGGGACCCAACGCAGAGCCCCGCUUCAGAGAUGAAUUUGUUCUUCCUCAUUUGCACAAACUUGCUCUAUGUAAUAACCAGCAGACGGUGGAGAGUAAGAGAAUUGACAUUGCAACUCAACUGUUUGAGGCUUACAGCGCCUUAUCCUGCUGUUUUAUUUCUGAAGAGCUGAUGGUGAAUCAUUUCCUCCCUGGUCUGAGAUGUUUGAGGGCUGAUAUGGAGCAGCUUUCUCCAGAACACGAGGUUAUUCUGAGUUCCAUGAUAAAGGAAUGUGAAAUAAAGGUGGAGAACAAAGGCAUCGGAGAGGCACAAGGGUCCAUUUCUAUUGCGGCCAGUCUGGUGGGCGAGGACGCAAAGACCAAGUUUCUAAGUAAGAUGGGCCAGCUGACGACCUCGGGUGCCAUGCUAGCUAACGUUUUCCAGAGAAAGAAAUGAGAGCAGCUCCUGUGUUUCCCACGAUCCUGUCUGGGAUCUUCUACUUGAAGUCAAUCGUCUGCCUUUGUUUUAUUCGUCUUUGAAUUAAUAUAUUUUAACAUAUUUAUGUCUUAAAAAUGUAUUCCAGCCUCCAAAGAAAUUUGCACUCAUCUUUCUUUUAUUCCCUUCUUUACAUCACUACACAUUCUUUCUUUUUCGAAAAUGUGAAAUUUGAAAUGAAAUCAAAAGAAUUUCUUCCUUGUCUUGUUGUCUCUAUCUGUUGCUGUGUCUCUGGAGAAUAUUUUCUAUAAGUGUUUGGGGUUUUGUUUCUCUUGUUUUGGAUACGUUCCAAUCGUAAAUAACUGUAAAAUACAUUGAAUCAAGAGAACCGCACCUGAUAUCAUGUAUAUUUGAAAUCCGUGUCAUACGAUAAUAAAAAGCGAAGACCACUUGUGUACUUAUGUAAA